AUGAGCAACUCUUCCGACAUUCUUUCCGGAUUAGCAUCCCAGCUUUCACAGCUGGCGACUUCGCAAUCCAGUGACGCCGAGAAGAACGACGCGGCCAUCGUCAUUGGCCAGAGGGUCAUCGACGCAGCCAGAGGGCCAAUGCCCGACUGGAUGGACAGAGCGAUCCACGCCAUGGACUUUGUCGGUCUGAAGCUUUUUUUGGACUGGAAGGUCUUCGAUAUGAUUCCUUUGGAUGGUUCAAUAUCAUAUACCCAUCUGGCCAAGAAGCUGGAGGCGGAUGUCUCUCUGAUCAGGCGUCUAUCUUGGGUUCUCAUAUCUGGCGGGAUCUUGACACAGAUUGGCUACGACAAAGUUGCGCACAAUGAGAAGUCAAAGUUGUAUCUCUCGGGAACCGCCGACGAGCUAUUUUUUGAAGAGCACAUCAUCACAGCUUUAAAGCUUCCGGAGUACUUCGCGAAGUAUGGCCGGCGCGAGCCUGCAACGCGGGCCCACACGCCCUACUCUUUCGCCCGCGGACGGCCGGAGAAAGAGAUCUGGGAGCUCCAUCGGGAGAACCCCGAGCAGGUGAAAAGGUUCAUGAAGGGCAUGGAGAUGGCGCAGCAAUUCGUUCCCCUCGAGGGAAUCUACGACUUCGGUUGGGUUGAGUCAAAGCUGUCAGAAGGAAACGACAGUCCCGUUUUCGUCGACGUGGGCGGCAGUAAGGGGCAUGCAAUCAAGGCCAUCUUGGAGGAGAACCCUUUUCUCCCUGCAGAACGCGUGAUUCUGCAGGACCGAGACGAGGUCAUUGAACAAGUGGCCGCACUCAAGGACCCUGGGCUAGAACAUGUCAAGCUGCAGGUGCACGACUUCCACGCUGAGCAGCCCGUCAAGAACGCACUGAUCUAUUGGAUCCGCCGGUGUCUACACGACUACGGCGACGAUGACAGCGUCAAGAUCCUGUCCCGGCUUUCGGACGCCAUGGGCUGGGACAGCAAAGUCUUGGUCGUCGAAUACGUCCUCCAGAACCCUCCUCCGUCCGUUGGCGCUAUGACGGACUUUGGCAUGAUGAACAUUGGCGGAAAGGAGCGAACGGCCGCGGACUGGGAGUCCGUGGUGGCCCGCGCGGGCUUAAAGAUUGAAAGGAUUCAUGGCUUGGAAAAGAAGAUGCAAGUCAUUGAAUGUUCCAAGGCCUGA